AUGAGUCUCUUAGAAAACAAAAUGUUGCCCGGAGUCCUGUUUAUCUUGCAUCUUCUCUUGGCAGUUUUCUUGUUCCCUCUUUACAUGCAACCAGAGCCCCCCGAGGUAGCCCUAUGUUUAGGUGUCAUCCCUUGCUUUGUGUUGGUUUAUGCUACCAUAGCUUGGCGACCCAGUACGUACAUGCAAGAGGACUAUUUGUUACCAUUUGAAAGUGAUCUGUGUGAAGAUAACCAUAGUGUUGGGAGCUGUAGUCAGGACUUAGCUCUGGGAUUUGGUGAUAUCAAUUUUUAUAUUGGGAAAGAACAUAGACUUGUUGUACAUUGGAUGAUUUCUUUUCCUGGGUAUGGGAAAGGGUGUGAAGUUCUGAAGGAUGGCAUGACCAGAGGCACUGGCUACUUCGUGCUUGUAGUCCCACAUUGA